AUGGGUCCAUGUAAGCACAAGCUGAACUGUAUUGGAACAUUCGCAUCGCAGCUCCGACACGAGGACCAGACAACGACAGAAGAAAUAUUUGUCGUGAAAGGCUUAGAAAGACCACUACUCGGAAGGCAAGCAUCCCAGAAUCUGAAGCUAAUCAAUCAAGUCAACGUGGAUGUACUAAACAAGGUUGAAACAGAAAAAACCAUAAGAGAAAAGCAUCCCAAUCUCUUCACUGGUCUCGGACAAAUUAAAAACCUAGAAUACGAUAUCAAAAUCACUCAAGAUGCAAUCCCGUUUGCCAUCACAGUACCACGACAAGUACCGAUUCCACUCCGCAAAGAAACUCAACGAGAAAUAAAAAGAAUGGAACAAAACGGAGUGAUAUCGCGAAUUGAAGAUCCGACUGAAUGGUGCGCCCCGAUGGUGGUAACACCAAAAAGCAAUGGAAAGAAGUGUAUGUCUCAAAUCCUCGAAGGUUUAGAAGGUGUCGAAUGCAACAUUGAUGAUGUUCUAAUAUAUGGUACAACACAAGAGGAGCACGACCAAAGAUUGGAAAAGGUACUCCAACGACUCGGCGAUGCCAACGUCACCCUUAAUCCUGAAAAGUGUGUAUUCAACGUCCCCAGCGUGAAAUUUUUAGGUCAGAUUGUUGGAUCUGACGGCAUAAAACCAGACCCAGAAAAUACAAGCAAUCCUGAAAAUGCCACCACCAACCAACAUACAUGA